CAUUCUCACUUGGGGCGGUCGGAAGAGGUUUUGCGAGCUCACACCCGCGAUUGUUAGGGAUUUGGCGUGUAGUAUUGACACUUGAAACAUUUUUUUUUUUUUUGCAAAAGAUAAAAUUGCAGUUAUUUAUUUUUCCUACAGUGGAUACUUGGCACAUUCCAUUGAACUCAUUUCAUUUUGAUUUCGUUCUUUCCAUUUGAGGAUAACCAUAACACUGAUGUUCGUAGUGGGAGCAUCAUUGCAAUAGCAUACGUGUAAGGGUCUUUGUUUUAACAUUGUGAAGAGGACUGUACGAAAGAAUUGAAUGAUGACGCCGUAGGAUGGGGAGCCUGUCGUUGAGAUGCGGAUCUCAGACGCAGCGAGCUGGCACGGUGGACGCUGUGCUCUCUGGCCAGUGGUAGUCCACGUCUAGUAGCAGGAUGCAGAGUCGUAACGAGGGUGAGUCCUUGUGGAUGGGAAGCACCUCCUGAUCCUCGCUGUCCUGCCCCGCCCUAAUCCUCCCUCCCGCCCCCCUAUACCCCUCCUCUUCCAGUUUCCCUGAACCCCACACCCCCCUCGUCCCCGCCGUCGCCAUCGCCAUCGCCAUGACGUCCACGCUGCAGACCCUGGCCUUGGAGCUCGCCCCUGCUCCGCGGGACGGGAGCCCGGAGCGCCUCUACACCUGCGAGGAUGAGAUCGAGCGCCGCUACGAGAUCGUCCCGUCCGUGGUCUGCUCCAUGUGCUGCCUCUUCGGCAUCAUCUACUGCUUCUUUGGCUACCGCUGCUUCAAGGCGGUGAUGUUCCUGACGGGCCUGAUGUUCGGCUCCAUCAUCAUCUUCAUGCUGUGCUACAAGGAGCGCGUGAUGGAGACGCAGCUGAGCGUGGAGGCCAGCGCGGGCAUCGGCCUGGGCAUCGGCGUGCUGUGCGGCCUGGUCACCAUGCUGGUGCGCAGCGUGGGCCUCUUCAUGGUGGGCCUGCUGCUGGGCCUGCUGGUGGCGGUGGCGGCGCUGGUGGCGAUGGAGGAGUUCUACCACCCGCGCACGGUGUGGAUCCCGCUGGGCGCGCUGCUGGGCUCGGGCAUGCUGUUCGCCGUGCUGACGCUGCAGUGGCAGCGCUGCUUCACCACGCUCUCCACCGCCGUCUUCGGCUCCGCCGUCAUCACCGUCACCGUCGACUACUUCGUGGAGCUGUGCGCGCUGCUGCGCUACGUGUACGAGCGCGUCAAGGCCGGGCCCCGCCAGCCCGUGUGCUGGUUCAGCUGGGUCAUCCUGGGCGUCUGGCCCGUCCUCACGCUGCUGGGGGUGCUGAUCCAGUGGAAGGUCACCGGCGAGGGGUACUCCCACACCGAGGUGAUUAUCAGCCGGCAGCAGAGGAGGGUGCAGCUGAUGCGCAUCCGUCAGAAGGAGGAGAGGAGGGAGAACAAGAAGAAGAAGAAGAAGCAGCAGCAGAACUACCACCCCCACCACACGCACCCCCCCAAGCCCCUCCAGCCCGAGCCCGGGUACCGCCGAAAACCCAACCCCAUCCGCCGCUACGACGGGGACGUGCUCUCUCCGAGUUACAUCCAGAGUUUUCGGGACAGGCAGGUGGACCGGCGGGGCUACCCCCAGGGUCGCCUGGUCAGCGGGACGCACACCAUCGUGGACCUGGACUACGACUGCGGCUCCACCGUGCCCCUCACGGCCUCCGCCGGCCCUGCCGUGCGUGUGUGAGACCGCCCUCUGCUGGCCUGGGGGUGGUGUUGCAGCCGGCGGAACUGCUCCCCUUCCCAGGCCUCCCUCUCUGAUUGGACGCAGUGUUACCGUAUCCCAGGGAGAUUCUGUGAUGCGCCCACAUUCCGUCUCUCUCUGUCUAACUCUCACAUUCCAGUGACACAGGACUCUAUUGGUCUGUGUGGCAGGGGCCACACCGUGUGUCCAAUACCCUCGCCCCUUUCCAGAUGCUCUACAGCUGUAGAGUAUUGCAGGUAUAGCAGCUACCCAGAAUGGUGCAGCUACAGUAAGGACAUCUUACGUUAGCCCUCAGACGAGCUGUUUGUUUACCCAUUUCGGUACGUCCUUUCAUGAAGUACUGAAGUAUUCCUUUCAUCAAACCGUUUGUGACUGCACCACAGAGUUACUUUGGAGUUUAUUUAUGAUUAAUUUAUUCUCCAGCUGAAAUUUCCUACUGAGUUUUUUAGUCCCUCGUAAGGCCUCAGUGUAACUUCUAAAAAUCACAGCAUUUAAGAAUCAUUAUAGAGAUUGAAAAAAAAAACAGAUUGGGAAAUACCUAAUCAGGAUUUGUAUGCAAAAAAAAAA